GGAGUGUUCACAGGUGAUUUUACAUCAUAGCAUGAGCACCACUUGUUUAAGAGCAAUAUAUAGCCUAUAGUUUGGAGCGCUCUCGCUGCUUCUGUUUGGAUGGCAAGGAUCUCUUCACAUUCAUGAGUCAGUAGCAUAGACAGAAUAACUAACAUCGAUCACGGAUUUCGGGUUGACACUCUGCUGAUGACAUCUGACAUUUCUCUGCUGUAGAAAUACUUUUCUAACUCCUCUCGGCACAUUCUUUUAUUUUGGCGCUCGCGUAAUUUGACGCAAGGUGCCGUUGAACAAGCCGCAGACCACAGGUGUAAAAUUUACGAGGGGUUAAUUAGUCUGCGACGUGUGAUCAACUGCUGCUCUUACGUCGGUCUCCUGUGGGCUUUAGAGAGACGGACGCUAGUCACGUGAUGGCACUGACGGUCAACCUGCCCGGCCCGUCUCCAUGGGGCUUCAGAAUAUCGGGAGGGAGGGACUUCAAGAAGGCCAUAACCGUCUCCAAGGUGAACGGAGGGAGUAAGGCGGAGAAGGCCGCCCUGCAGCCCGGCGACAUCAUCCUGGAGAUCAACGGCGAGAACACGGGCGACAUGCUGAACGUCGAGGCCCAGAACAAGAUCAAGAACUCCCAGACCCAGCUGCAGCUGCUGGUGGAAAGGCCUGAUCCUCCCACGCCGGGACAGACCAAUGGGAUCACCACCCCGGACCAUCUGGUGGGCCGCUUCCAGGAGGCAGUCCAGGUGAGCAGGGACGAGAAUCAGAACUACAGAGAGUACACCAUCUCCAGCCCUGCGUCCGUCUCUCCUGGACCCUACUCCCCCGAGCCGCCCGCAAGCCCCGAGAGAAAGACCGAUAGAAUCACUCCCACCAACACUAAGAGCCUGCAGCAGCUGCGGUCAUGGUCCCCUGAGGAGAAAAAUCCCAACCAUCGACUCUCCAGGCCUCUCUCACAGUUGUCUUAUACAGGAUUCAGAACAGGGAAAAGAUGGCCGCCUAAGGAGUUCUCCUCUCCGGACCUGCGGUUUAACUCCAGUCGGACUCCCACCCCUCCUGGCCGCUACUCCCCCCACAGCCCAGUGGACCGCGAGAUGUCCGUAUCCCCCAGACGCAGCGCCGAUCCAGCCAUGCAGCGGUUCGACCGAGACUCGGAGGUCUACAAGAUGAUCCAGGAGAACAAGGAGUCGCGCACGGCCCCGCGGCAGUCCAACACCUUCCGCAUGCUGCAAGAAGUGCUGGAGGCAGACGAGAAAGAGGCUGCCGUCCGUUUCCCCGGGAAGCUGUCCUCUAGCCCACCCAAGCCCACCCUCGCAGCCUCCUCUUCGGUGGCCGGAGUGCAGAAGUACCACGUCUGUGAGAAGUGCGGCAACAACAUCGUCACGCAGGUGGUGCGCAUCAUGGACGACCGGUUCCGCCACCCGGAGUGCUACACCUGCACGGAGUGCGGCCUCAACCUGAAGAUGCGCGGCCACUUCUGGGUGGCCGACGAGAUGUUCUGCGAGAAGCACGCCCGCGAGCGCUACACGGGGCCCGGUAGCAACGCCCCCCGACGCCACACCAUCUCCCCCCGCCACUGAGGCCCCCCCCCCCCACCACCCCCCACACCACCAUCCACACCCCUCCGCCACCCCCCGCCACCCCAGGGCUGGUACCCCCAGCGCUACAGACUCUGAGCUAUGGACUGUGGAUCCCAUUGGAUCUGAUGGGAUCCGAUGGGAUCCGUCGGAAGAGAGACGUGGAGCGGGAGGCGGGGGCACAGAGGGGGUGGGAGCGAUGCUGUCUGACACGCCUUUGAGUUUGUAUCAUUUGCCUCUCAGCACGCAUUCAGUUUAGUCACUCAUUUACCUUUCCAGUCAUUGUAUAAAGGUUGAACUUCUUUUUUUGGCCUCUGUUUUCUGUAUUUUGCUAUGGUUAUAUUUUUUUCCUCCUCAUCUUUAAAGGCGCCAGUUGGGCUCAAAUUGAAUUGUCUAGUCACAUACUUGUGUGGCACACACUCCGACCAGCCCUAGAGGAUGAGUUGUAUUCAUAGGUGUUGUGUUUAAUGGCCCACAGGACUGGUUUCCUGUGCUAACGACUAUGACGUCUGAUGGAAUCGAUGCUUUUCAUACCUGCCUUUUUCUGCACUUGAAUGUAAAGAGCAGCACAUACCACAAGCACACAUUGAAAGCAGUGAUUUUCAAGGGUGUGAAGAGAGACUGUUGCUUUUUCGUGAAUGUGUAAUGUGUUCAGGAGUGUGUGUGUGCGUGUGUGUGUGUGUGUGAACAAGUUAUAUCUAUCAGAUCUAUAUCUGUUUUAAAAUGAGUCAGGAUUUUGGGUCAUUGCUUUGAAGGGAUGGUUAAGAUAUAUGUAGUUGCCAUUUUGCUCUUUUGCCUCUCGAAGCAGUAUCUGAACAGGUUGCUUACCCUAAACUAGCCAAGCAAAAAAACAUUUAUGAGUGGUAUUCUUUUCUUUCUCUUCACUGACAUUCAACAAGGGAAUAUAUCAGACAAAAAAAAAAAAAACAAUAAUACAGAUUAUUUCAUGUAAAUAUGUAUUUCUCAUUAAUGAUAUGUAUUGGAUUUCUCAGUUAUUUGUGUGUGAGCAGGGCUGCAUGUUUUUUCCCCCCUUUGUGUGUGCUUUCUUUUCAGUUCUUUUUUUUAGCGUGAAGAGGAUUGUUGGUGCUCCGAUGCAUCCUGUUCCCAUCAGAAUUGUGCCUACCCCAGGAACACUGAAGUGGAAUUUUGUUGUUUUAUGUUACCCUUUUUUUCCUUUUGUUAAACAUGUGCACAUGAUCCUUUUCUGGAACCUAGAACACAGUUCUAGUGGUGCUCAUGUCACUCAAUGGAACUACAGUGAUGAAAACAUUAGCCUUUAUGCCAAUAUACUCAGCUUCAAAUAUACAAGUUGUUGAUAUCUA